AUGUCCAUGGCCGCGCUCAGCUUCCACCCGACACCCACCGCGCCCGCGCUCUUCAACCACCACAUCCACGACUACAACGACAACGUGAGCUUCCUGCAGGACCUCCACCCCGACGUCGGCGACGCGCUGCUCGGCUUCGUCUACGACCCGCUCGACCCCGCCGUCAACGCCGGCCUCGACGCCUUCCUCAACAUCCCCCUCCUCCACGACGACGACGACGACGACGACGACGGUAAGCAGCCCUGCGCCAAGAAGCCCCGCGCGGGGGGUGUCGAGGAGGACUCGUGGUUCGACUUCGCGGCCGCCGACGGCACCCUCGGCGCCCGGCACGUGCCGCCGCCGGCGCUCCCGGAGUUCUCGCCCGACUUCCUGCUGCCGCUGCCGUACCAGCAGUUCGCGCGCGGGUCGGACGCGAAGACGCCGCGGCCCGGCAGCAGCGGGUCCUCGCAGAGCGCCGCGGCCAGGGAGCGCCGGCGACGGAUCAGCGAGAAGACGGCGGAGCUGUCGCGGCUCAUCCCCGGCGGACACAGGCUCAACACCGCCGAGAUGCUGCAGGAGGCCGCGCGCCACGUCAAGCUCCUCCAGGCGCAGGUCGGCAUGCUCGCCCUCCUGCGAAACCUCCAGGAGGAGGAGGAGAAGGUGCCCGCCGCCAUGGCGCAGGAGAAGAUGCACGACCUGCUCAUCUGCGGCGGCAUGCAGGAGCGGCUGGCCGCCGAGGGCAAGUGCCUGGUGCCGAGGGCGCUGGUGGACGCCCUCGCCCAGGACACCGCCGUCAGGUCCGACGCACUCCUGAACAGAGACCUCACCCGGUUCAUGGACUCGCUGCCCUCGGAGCAGUAG